UUGAUUUGUGACCUAACCAGUUCGGCCCGCACGCGAUAGGCUAGGUCCGGAUUUUCCAAUCGUUUACGUAGUCAUUCCAUGUAGAUAUGGCAGCCAACAUGACGUUGUGUUAGGUAGGUAAGCAAGCCGAGGAACAGUUGUUGCAAGGACGUCCGCGUCCGUUGGUCAAGCAGGGCAGACGGUCUGUCCACGUCGCGAAUUUGCUGCUGCAGCAAGACUUGCCGUAAAAUAAUUUGUUGAGUCUUGUGGAGUCAAUUUCCCGGCCUAGUCAGCCUGCACACCAGCCAUGUUCCGUCUGCAGUCCCCCGUGGCGUGUGUACAGCGGGUGGCUCAGGCCCAGCUCCGCGUGACCAGCCAUGCCCGGGCCGUGGGGGGAGCCGCGUGCAGGACAUACUCCUCACAGCCUGAGACGGCCACACAAACUGACCAACCCAUAAAGAAGGUCAUGGUCGCCAACAGAGGUGAGAUUGCCAUCCGAAUUUUCCGCGCCUGCCACGAGCUCGGCAUGAGCACGGUGGGCGUGUACUCCGAGCAGGACAGACUGCAGACGUACAGACAGAAGGCAGACGAAGCCUACCUCAUAGGGAGGAGCCUUCCUGCUGUCGCUGCAUACUUGAACAUACCAGAAUACAUAGAGAUAGCUAAGGAAAACGAUGUAGACGCCAUCCACCCCGGGUAUGGCUUCCUGUCAGAGCGAUCAGACUUCGCCCAGGCGGUUGUCGAUGCAGGGAUCCGGUUCGUCGGCCCGGCGCCGGAGAUCGUCCGCAAGAUGGGAGACAAGGUGGAGGCCAGACAGAUUGCCAUCGCUGCAGGUGUGCAGGUGGUACCAGGUACGGAUGGCCCAGUGUCGACACUAGAGGAGGCACAGCAGUUCUGUUCUGAGCAUGGCUUCCCCAUCAUCCUAAAGGCUGCGUUUGGUGGGGGAGGCAGGGGCAUGCGUAUCGUCAGGAACAAAGAGGAGCUGAAUGAAAACUUCCAGCGUGCAACCUCAGAGGCCCUGGCAGCAUUUGGCAACGGUUCCCUCUUUAUAGAGAAGUUUAUAGAGAAGCCCAGACAUAUUGAGGUGCAGAUCCUAGGUGACAAGGCAGGAAAUGUUGUUCACCUGUUUGAGCGCGACUGCUCAGUCCAGCGACGAUACCAGAAGGUGGUGGAGUACGCCCCAGCGCCGGAACUCGACCCCGUCAUCAGGGAGGGCAUCCUGGCGGACGCCGUAAAGUUGGCGAAGUUUGUCGGCUAUGAGAACGCGGGAACGGUGGAGUUUCUCCUGGACCAGGAGCAGGGGAAGUUCUACUUCAUCGAGGUGAACGCCAGACUACAGGUGGAACACACAGUAACCGAGGAGGUCACCGGGGUUGACUUGGUGCAGUCUCAGCUGAAGAUUGCCCAGGGGAACACCCUGCCUGACCUGGGUCUGUCCCAGGACAACAUCAGCAUCCACGGGUCGGCCAUCCAAUGUCGGGUCACUACCGAGGACCCAGGGCGGAACUUCCAGCCCGACACUGGCAGGAUAGAGGUAUUCCGGAGUGGAGAGGGCAUGGGGAUCCGUCUGGACAGCGCGUCGGCCUUCGCGGGCGCAAUCAUCUCCCCGCACUACGACUCGCUGCUGUGCAAGGUGAUUGCGCACGCUAUCGACCACCGCUCCGCCGCCACAAAGAUGAGGAGAGCGCUUUCCGAGUUCCGCAUCCGCGGCGUUAAGACCAACAUCCCAUUCCUCCAAAACGUGCUGCACAACGAAGAGUUCCUGUCCGGCGCCAUCUCCACCCACUUCAUCGACCAGAACCCCGGCCUCUUCAACUUCAUCCCCAGCCGCAACCGCGCCCAGAAGCUGCUGUACUACAUCGCACACAUCAUGGUGAACGGGCCCUGCACCCCCCUCCCCACCGGACUCAUGCCCGCGGAGAUCACACCUGUGGUGCCACCAGUGCCCUUUGACCCAUCAGACAAAAGACAGACAAGAGACCAGCCUUUACCCAGAGGUUUCCGUGACAUUUUCGUUGAGGAGGGCCCAGAAGGUUUUGCGAAGGCCGUGCGGAACCACAAGGGCCUGCUGCUGAUGGACACGACAUUCCGAGAUGCCCACCAGUCCCUGCUGGCCACCCGUGUCCGGUCGUAUGACCUGUGUCGCAUCGCGCCCUUUGUGGCGCACAACUUCUCCAACAUGUACAGUGUGGAGAACUGGGGAGGUGCGACGUUUGACGUGGCCCUGCGGUUCCUGAAGGAGUGCCCGUGGGAGCGUCUGGAGGCAAUGAGGAAGCGGAUCCCUAACAUCCCGUUCCAGAUGCUGCUGCGGGGAGCCAACGGUGUGGGCUACACAAGCUACCCCGACAAUGUCAUCUUUGAGUUCUGCAAAGUUGCCAAGGAGACAGGCAUGGACGUCUUCCGUGUGUUCGACUCUCUGAACUACCUGCCGAACCUGAUCCUGGGCAUGGAGGCUGCAGGACAGGCGGGAGGAAUCGUGGAGGCUGCCAUCUGCUACUCUGGCGACGUGUCCGACCCAACCAAGACGAAGUACGACUUGAAGUACUACAUGAACCUGGCGGACGAACUCAUCAAGGGAGGGACGCACGUUCUCAGCAUCAAGGACAUGGCUGGCCUCCUGAAGCCGCAGGCUGCCAAGAUCCUGAUCUCCGCCCUGCGUGACAAGUACCCCGACAUGCCCAUCCACGUGCACACCCACGACACGUCGGGCGCGGGCGUCGCCUCCAUGCUGGCGUGUGCUGAGGCCGGAGCAGACGUGGUGGACGUUGCCGUGGACUCCAUGUCUGGAAUGACGUCCCAGCCGAGCAUGGGAGCCCUGGUGGCGUCCCUACAGGGGACUGAGCUGGAUACAGGAAUCCCCCUGGAGAAGGUGUUUGACUACAGCGCGUACUGGGAGCAGACCAGACAGCUGUACUCGCCCUUUGAGUGCACAGUCUCCAUGAAGAGCGGCAAUGCAGACGUCUACGAGAACGAGAUCCCCGGCGGGCAGUACACCAACCUGCAGUUCCAGGCCUACAGCCUGGGGCUGGCCGACAAGUUUCCUGAGAUUAAGAAGGCGUAUGCAGAGGCCAACAAGCUUCUCGGUGAUGUCAUUAAGGUGACGCCAUCAUCCAAGGUGGUAGGUGACCUGGCCCAGUUCAUGGUGCAGAACAAGCUGACUCCAGAGAUGGUGCUGGACCGCGCAGAGGAGCUGUCCCUGCCCAGCUCCGUCAUCGAGUUCUUCCAGGGGUACCUUGGAGAGCCCUAUGGUGGCUUCCCGGAACCCCUCAGGUCAAAGAUCCUGAAGGGCAUGAAGAAGGUGACCGGCCGGCCUGGUGAGUCCAUGCCGCCGCUGGACUUUGCCGCACUGAAACUCCAGCUCAUAGAGAAGUUUGGGAAGAAUAUUCCUGUGAAGGACUGGGACGUCCUGAGCGCUGCGCUCUACCCCACCGUGCUGGACGAGUACUUAGACUUCAGGAGUGACUUUGGUCCUGUGGACUGUCUGGAGACAAGACUGUUCCUCACGGGACCCAAGAUUGCUGAAGAGUGUGAGGUUGCCAUCGAGAAAGGCAAGACACUGUCCAUCAAGCCGCUGGCCGUGGGAGACCUGAACAAGAUGGGUCAGAGGGAGGUCUUCUUCGAGAUGAACGGUCAGCUGCGGUCAGUGCUGGUCAAGGACAACCAGGCGCUCAAGGAGAUGCACUUCCACCCCAAGGCCCUGAAGGGUGUGAAGGGGUCCAUCGGAGCGCCCAUGCCCGGCUCCGUUGUGGACGUCAAGGUCACAGAAGGCGACAAGGUCAAGAAAGGUGACCCCCUGGUGGUGCUGAGUGCCAUGAAGAUGGAAAUGGUCGUCAAGGCGCCCAUCGAUGGUGUCGUCAAGAAAAUCUCUGCGGAAAAGGGCAUGAGUCUAGAGGGAGACGAUUUGCUCGUGGAUCUUGAAUAACCCCCAAAGAAAAGGUCACCAAAUUCUACAACUCUACAUUGUCUUGAAAAGAACGGGUUUGCCAGGUUAGUCCCCCAAUGUAUAAGCCAUGCUGGCCCAAGGCUACAGAAAUGGAGAUGGGAGCUGCCCAAUGCACCGUUGGGUGUUUGAAGGACUUUUAUCUUUAUCUUAGGUCACUGGAGUUUUCUUGUGUCCACAGUUUUGCUUACCUGCAGAUGUUUUGGUACCUUCCUGUGGGCUAUAAUGAAUCAUUGGCAGACGAGGAAAAAUCUUCUGUUUAGAGAAAACUUCAUCAAACUGAAUAAACCAGUCCUGUAUACGCAGGUCUUGGUCUUCAAUAGGGUGGAUGGAUACUACAUAAUGCAUUGAUUUAACAGUGAUAGUCACAUAGGUGUACAAUCAAGAGACAAAAUAUAGUGACGUAUGAAGUAUGAAAGAAACAGAUUUACUGGUAACUCACAAAUCAAAACGCUCUGUUGAAUUAACCAGAUUAGUUAAAGUUAUGGACUGAGGAAACAGAUGUAAUUUGAACAUAAACUUUUCCAUCCAUCUAAUAAUAUCCAUCGAGCCAUUGAUACGGCUUCCUCACUUUUGUCCACAAAAGAAGCAAAAUAUUUUGGGAAGGAGACACUGGCUUAACCAAGAGAUGUUGAUUUACAUAUCCUGUCAUGAAAGUAAGAAUCUAAAGUUGCACUAUUUUUUAGACAUUGGGUAAGAAUACUAACACUGAGAACUUGUCUAUUUACUCUGGGGGUGGUUGUGGAUUAGGUGAACUCAAAGUAUCUAUACUGUGGUACAUUACGAUGUAGAUUUAAAUAUGUUGAUAUAUGGCAAAGCGUUCUUGAACAUUGAGUAAUGUAAUAGAAUCUAAACAAAAUAGGGAAUAAAUGUCAGGUGUGAAGGAAAGAUGUAGAAAAAACUAUAAAACACAAUUAAGUUUAAAUGCUGGUAAGCUUAGGAAACAAUAUACAUGUACAGUGAAGGUAGCAUAGCUGAUUUUUGGUGCUACAAAGUGAUGUAAGGUAGAUACGGCAUCAGACAAGGGAAUAGGAGACCAAUUUUGAACUUAUCAUUGCACUUACAUGUAGUGUCUGGUCAAUGGCAAUAAGUGGAAAGUGUGGUUGGAAGUAGAGGACCUACAUGUUUACAUGUAUGUGUCUCACAGAGAAUCUACCUAAAUGUAUUCUUGCCUAUGGUACUGUGGUACUGAAAGAAGAAGUCAUAUUGCUACAUGCUACCUUUGUUACACUGUCAAUGGUAGAUAUAAGAAUAUUUUGUAUCUAGAUGUGCAACUGUGGUGACAUCUUCAACAUAGAUUAUCAGAAUCUAGAAUGAUAACAUUAUAUUAUGUAAGUCAAGAAAGGGUGGAAGCUAAAAGGAAUAAAAUUCACCAUUAUGUAAUAUUUUUAACAGGACUUGAUAUUCAAGUGUACCACCUGUACGACCGGUAUCAAUCACAAUUUAGACAAAUUAUAAGAGUACUAAUAAAAGCUUGUAUUAUGCCUUGGAGACUUGUAGAAAGAUUGUCUAUUAAAAAGGCAAUUAAAAAGGGAAAGAGAAAAAAGUAUUUUGGGCCCCCACUGUGAAAAGUUAAGGUACAUUGUAUCCUGGAGCCAAUCUAGAAUGUGUCACCACAGAUUCAGGUAGAGGCUUCUCCUUCAUGCCUUUUAUUAGCAAAUGCAGUGUCUUAACGUGUAUCAAUGCAAAUUGUGUGACACAAUAGGAUCGUGACCAAGAGUUACUGAGAUCUUUGUGUAUGUCUGCCAGCACUAUCAUGGCAUAAUGUUACAUAGAAAUGAUAGCAGCAAAAUAGUUAAGUGAGGAAAGUAAGCGCAAAAGAAUGAAGCAUGACAGAGCUAGAUUGAAUAGUCGAGAUUUCCUUUGGGUGAAUAACAUUCGAUACUACAUUACUAGGUUGAUUUUUUUUAAGUUUCAUUGUUAACAUGUUUUACUUGUGUUUUGCAUUUUUCUAAGAAAAGUGGUAAUUUAACUGCCAAGGUAAAUGUUGAAAUUCCAUGCAACAAUAUAACUUUGUACUCCAUGCCCAUCCGUAUGCUUAUGACUAACACUGCAACCCUUAAUGUUGAUGGUACUGUAAUGGGGAUAAUGUUUGCGGUUUAACAUUGAACUUUGCUUUUUUUACUCCUCAUCAUGCAUGAGAAAACAAACUUUUGUGAUUCUGCAGUCAGGAUAUUGAAAGAUUCUAUCAUGUUUGACUUAUUGCUGUUACAUAGCACCUUAAUGAGUAGGGGUAUGAUCAGAUAAUAUCAUGUAUGAUCAGUUACUACCAGCAACAAGUAUUUUAUUUUAGGUUUGCUACAUUUCAUGCAUUUGUACGCACAUCAAUCAUGCAUAUCCAUUACAUAAUUGCAUCAUGUUGUAGUUAUUUUUCCGACUUUGUCAGUUUGUGUGUCAUGAUUUCAUAUUUGACAUGCAUAGGAUACAGUAUGCAAGAUGCAGUAAAUAUUGCGCUGUACACAAACGUCAU